GUAGUUAAUUUUGUGUCGAUGAAUGUAAGUAGAGGGGAAGCCUUUAACAGAGUAAGUUUUGAGAAUCCCUUAUUGAUUCGAUUUACAUCUUAGUUUUAAGAAGUCCUUCAUCAAUGAAGUUUUAACAGUAAUCACAGGAAAGCUUCAUACGUCCAGUAAUCCGCCCCCACCAUGCAUUUCCACCUUGCAGUAGAACUCGGGCUCAUAAAUACUCUUGUACGUUUCAAAAGGAACUUCACGUCAAUGAAAGCGAGAACUAACAAUAUUGAAGGGAAAGCAAGAGACCCGGAAAAUAUGGGAACUGGGACAGUCCGGUUAUGCCCAGUCCACGAGUCGUUCAAUGUUGAUGAUGGCUUUAGCAUUCAUGACUUAAAAGAUAUCGGCCUCCAGUACGGGACGAGGGGAGAUUUCGAGAGAAUGUUGAAAAAGUACAGGGACAAAUAUGAAUUCACUGUAAGCUAUUCUCACUGGCUUCCAAUCGACCAAGACAACAAUCGAGUGGUAGUCGCCAUGAAAAAGAGCAUCCCCGAAGAUUCAAGAAAUACCAUUUACUUGAAUAGCCUCGAGAAAAUUCUGGGGUUACAGACAGUCAAGAACCUUGCUUUCCGCAAUGGAAAAGUCCACGCAUACGUCCUUGAUGACCACGAGUUUUCUUUUGUCAGAAUCGAAGAGAGAGUGAUACGUCUGGUCCUGAUAAAUUCGAGCCAACUGGAGAGUAAAUCAAUCAACAUUCUCGAGAGCAUCCCGAUCGCGAAAAGCGCUGAAAUCGUCGCUGCGGUAGAGAGUGUAAAUAUGACUGGAGAUCCUAAAACCGCGCGAGUGAUCCCCGGAGAGUUCACCAUGCGGCCGAAGUCAGCAUUGAUUUUGACCAUAGAACUGAUCCCAUUUGGGGAUGUCGACGUUAAACACGCCCAAGAAGUUCCUGUUCGAUCGGAUACCCCUAACGGAACCUCGAAAAGUGGGAGCCAGUCUCUGAUGCCUCGCUCCGUUCGCUCAGCUCGCUCCGAACCUGCUUGCCCUGUUCGACGCACAGUUUCAGGGAUUGCGCGUGACUUUGGAGCAUUCUUUCGAUCGAAACGUCAAAAAUUAAUGCCCAAAGGAUCGAUUCAAUAUCAUUUCUUACACAAAAUGAUUGAAGGGAUGCGCUCGCCGAGUCGGAGGUAUGUAACCGUCAGUGGUGGAUUCGGGGUGUCUGAGUGGGGGGCGCGUCCAAUUUUGGCGCGAACAGCCCUAUUCGGCACAAAACUAAUUUGA